CAGAGCCAGCUGACAACUAUGUCAGUGAAGGAGAGUUAGAAGAUGAUCUGAGUUCUUCUGCUCCAAGUACAAUAGAGCUGGAGAUACGUGGAUCCAGCCAAGACACCGAUGAAGACUAUUUUGAGACCCUGUCCCAUCAGAGUGGAUCUUUGUCAGAUGUAAAAACUGAGCUUUAUGAGAGUGCAUCAGAGACAGAAUCUGUUGCCAGUGAUGUAACAGGAGAGACUUGCUUGGAUUCAAACUGCCUUUUUGCAGAAAAAACAAAUGUGUCCUGUAGUGUUCCUACAGCCCUGUGUGAACUUAAGUGCUCAAGACAAGCAGAACUCAGCCAGCAGGUGCAGUUAGACUUGUCUUCCAAAAUAAAAGCAGCACCAAGCAAGAAUGACUUUUGCACACACACUGCAAAGUCAGAAUGCAAAGCGGGUGUUGAAGAUCUAGCAUUAACCAGCAGUACUUCCAACACAGAGAACCAAGUGGGUGAAGAGUGCGUUAUAUCACAGACAGAUAGGAAGUUCAUAGUAGGGUUGCAAAAUAAAACGGAGUUUGACAUCAGUAAAACACAGUCCUGUACCAGUUCAGUAUCUACCAAAGAUGCUGUUACAAGACAGAAGGAUUGUCCUGCAGUAUUAAGCAUUGCUUUUUUCAGAACUAACUCAGAAAGUUGUUUGAUUUUACCUGAGGUACAGCAACUUUCCUCCCGAUCAGAUGUAGCAUCAAGCUGUAGUUUGCCUAAUCUCCAUUUUGAAACAAAUGGACCUUACCAUAAAGGUUCCACUGAGACAUCCAACUAUAAAUGUGAACUAGAGUCCAUGUCUAGUGUAAAUUGCAACAGGAGGAGCUCCGCUGACAGUGAGGAAACUACAAGUGAGAGGAUAAGACAUGGCAGUACAGAGGCCAUGCUGUCGUCACGUUCGUUUUUUUACCAGCACCACUUCAAAUCAAAACCUUCAACUUGUGAAGACAAGAGUUCAGAGAUUAUAGGAAGUAAAACAUGGCACAGUGUACCUGAAAAUAUCAGCACUCAAAGCGAGGCAGAAUAUUUGGUGAACUGUCCUCAUCCGAAAGAUAAAUUUAGAUGGUCUUGUUCCAGAGUACAUCUUCAAGGACUCGAUUUUGAAUACACUUGGAAAAACUUAGGAAGGGUCAGCUCUGUCAGCUCUGAAAAGGCAGUCAGAGUAGAGGGCAAAUUGGGCAUUGAAAGAUUCCUUCUUGAAACUAACAUAGACUCAAAUGAGGACCAGCUUUCUCAACCAUCAGGCACCUUUCAGUGCCCUGAUCUUUAUUUGCACUCUGAACAAGAGGGUAGUGGCCUUAGUCCAGAAGAAGCAGAUACGUGUACAGGUAGAUCCUCAUCCACCCAGACUGAUGAGUGUGAAUGUAACCGGAAACAAAAGGAGACUUCAUCUACCCUGGGCUGUGAACCAGUGAUUAUAAAUGCUCAAGAACUUUCAAAAAAUAAUCAAGUUGAAAGAGAUCUGAAAGCAGACAGAUUCCCUUGUGAAAUUAAUGUUGAAUUUGGCACUGAUGACACGGAGAACAUAGCAACUUGUCAUGUAGGUUUUCCUGCUGUUGUGGAAAAUGGAGAUUGUAAUUGGGCUGUAAACUGUGUUGGCACUGGUAGAACACAGCAGAAAUGUUCAAAGGAAAAUGUUCUGGAAUCAGAACUGUCACAAAUCAAGGUCAUGAUAGGGGAAAAAAAGGCAGAUGAUCCUUCUAAUCUUGACUUCUGUUGGAAAGUCCUGGAAACCACAUUGCAACCAGGUGUCAGUAACACUGAGAGAGAGAACACAGAUACAACACAGCAAAAUACAAGUUGCCAGACUGGUGCCUUAAGGACUCCCUCUGAACCAGUAGCAAAUGAAUAUCCUACUCAUCCAGGAAAAGAUGGAGACAGUGUCUUUGCUGUGGAAAUGACUCCCACAUUAGAUAGUGUGAACCAGGGAAGGCACUUAAUGAAUCUAUCAGAGUUAAAGCCUGCCCUGAUUAUAAUAUCUGUGGAACAGAAAGGAUUACAGUCCAAGACACUGAAUGAUGACCCUUGUACUGAAACGGUAUCUGGAACACUGAGAAAUGUAGUGAGAAAGGAUUUGGUGGAUCCUCAUAUUGUCAGCAAAGCUCAUCUUGAGCCAGAGAGAGUUCUGAGUGAGUUCUGUAGCUGUGAGGAAUCAGUCUUGGCCACCUCUACUGGUAAUGCAGAACCACUCCAUGAUGGGGAUACAGCUGAAGGAAAAACAGACAUUUCACAAGAGCAGAGCAAGAAAGCAGUUUCCUCCUUUGCACUCACCUCUAGUAAUUCCACGAUAACAAGUGGAAAGGUAGAAUUCAGCAGUGUCACUGCUCCAUUGAGCAACGACGCGCUUAUUGCAGAAAAUCCUGCAGAUAAGUGUGAGGAAGUGCUGCUAAAAUCUGGCAGCAGAAGCGGUGUUAUGAUCCUUGAGACAGAGCCACACGGAGCAAAGACUGAUUUGGAAUUAGAGACAGAACAGUUCAGAAAGCCAUGGGCUGAAACAAAGGAUGACCAGGUGACUAAGGAAGAGGAAUUCCAAGCACAUCAAGGCAGAGAGGAAGAUGGAUGUGUAACGAGAGCGGUAGUGCUGGAAAAAUGCAGUGUAAGCAGUCUGAAUGAGGGAGAUGGUGCUUAUGAGGACCUUCAGGGGCCCAGCAGCACCUCUGAACAAGUGGUAGGAGAUGAAGGCUGCAGUGGUUCAAAUGAACCAAGAGUUUUUUGUGAAGAACCUCCUCCUAGGGGAGGAAUGGAGGCCUCUCCUGCAGAAAACACAGCUAGCUCUAGAAAAGACAGUGCAUGGAAUCUAGACGUGUGUGAUGUCUUCAACUAUUCCGUGAAAAGGGAGGCCCACAGUGCUUGCUGUAUGGGCCUGGAUAACAUAAGCACCUGCAGCACUAACAGUGAGGAAAUGGAUGAGAAUGCAUUCCACGUCCUGGGAAGUAACAGCAGCCUCCAUAAAGCUGUGCAAAAGCCAACAAAGAAUGGGAAUAGUGGGAAAGCUUCCAGGUUUUUCGUUUUCUCAAAAAUGACAUCUUUCAGGAAAACUAAGCCUGUCACAGCUGAAAAUCAGGGAAGCAGCAGCAUCUUUGGCAGCGGGGCUAAGACAGAAGAACUGGAAGGUGGGAAAGAAGAUGAAGACACUGAAAGUUUACAGUCCUUCAAAAGUUGUUCGUCUGGUUCUGCUUUCCACAGGAAGGAAAGCUAUGCCUCUGAGUAUUCAGACGACGAUGAUUUAUUCUAUGAGAGGCCUGCAGGAUUAUUCAGUAGAAUGAGCCUGAGGAAGGCUUCUGGCUCUGGUCGAAUACUGAUGGAAGAUACAGACACAAAUUCAAUUUCUCCCAUACUGCCCGCUGUCAGAUAUGCAGACGGACUCAUUCCAGGUUCAUCUGAAAGCAGUGAACCUGUGGAAUACACUGGGAUUAGAAAAUCCUUUCCUGAAAAUGAAUAUAAAAGAAAUAAAAACCCCGAGGGCAAGAAGUUCAGAACAAGGUUGGCCUUGGCACACAAAUCCCUCUCAAGUUUAUUUGAAUCCAAAUCUCCAGACAAGGAAAACACUGAGCAAAGCUCGAAAACAUCACUGAAAAAUGAAAAGGAGAAAGCCAAACUUCGCCAGAGCACCUGGAAAGCUUUUCUAAAGAGCAAAGAGACAGAUGGACUAAAAAGACCUAUCUUGGCAAAUUUGUCACCAACGCAGGAGAGCAUCAGCACAACUAGAGGCCAUCUGAUGAGAACAGCAUCAGCAGAGCAACAGGAUGGUUCUGAUGCACAUGCGGUUUUGAAAACAGAAACGGCGAACGGUUCUUCACUAGACACCAACUAUUUUGACAGCUCUGUGGAGCCUGUGGAUGUCUCUUCACCUGCAGGUAUGUGGAGAAAACGAUUGUUGUCCCAUGACUUGGGCAUCAGAUACUCACAGAGUUCAGACUGUGAUGAAAUGCAAGAAGCUCUGGGCAGCAGUUUUAAUGCUUCUCUAGAGGAAUGCUGGAUGAAAUCUCCAUUUAGCCCCUCUGAUGUGCAGUUACCGUUUAAUCAGUCAAGUCCAUCGUGUCCCCAGCUUUCAAAUUCUGAAGGUAAAGAUAUGCCUUGCAGGCCCAUGAGUCCCAAACCACAGAGUCCAAGAUCUGCAUCCCAACGCAAGAGCUUCCGUUAUCCUGGAAGAAUAUGUGCCACGUCGAUGAUCUCUCUUGGGAACAGCUCUGCAGUUGACUGUGGUUUGGAGGCUCCCGAGAGACCAAAGACACUGAAACCCAGAGGUAGUCUCUUGCUUUCUGUACACUCGUUGGACAACGAAUACCAGAGGGAUGACAGUGGGAUAAGCAGUCAAUCCCAGAUCAGCUUAAACACAGCUUCUUCCGUUAGUGACGUGCUCAGAGAUGAGGAUUCUAAACAGCAAUGUCCAACACCACCUGAAAAGAGGCCAAAUGAAAAAGGGAUUCCCCAUCGCAAAAGGAGGUCCCCCCAGGUUCCAACAUCCCCACGCCCUUUCUCCACCCUUGAGAACAAAGCCUGGAGGCUUUCCUUCCUUGCUCCACAUGAAAAAGCCAAGGAGAUUCCGGAGAGGAGGAGGAAGAGACCUAAAUCCCUCUAUAAGUGCUUCAGCUUCGAUGAUAUUUGGAUGCAGAGGAACCAAAAAAGGAAGCUAGAGAAGGAGACACAGCCAGAGAGAGGGACUCAAUUGCAACACUUCCCAGAGGACCAGUUAAAAGCUGGAAGAAGUCCAUCCAUCACAUCUACCAUUGCUCUUGACAUCCUACCACUGAAACUGCAUCCGUUUUCCCAGAGUACUCCGACAGGCCUGGACUGCGUGGGCUGGAAACGACGCCUCACCUUCCCAGUGAUUGCUGAUGGGGCCCUGGACAAGACAGCUCUGACAGACGAUGUGGGAAGCGAGGAGGAUCUGUAUGAGGACUUCCGCAGCUCCAACCACCGCUAUGGCCACCCUGGGGGAGGCGGAGAGCAGCUCGCCAUCAACGAGCUCAUCAGUGAUGGCAGUGUGGUGUAUGCAGAAGCCCUCUGGGACCAUGUCACGAUGGACGACCAAGAGCUGGGGUUCAAGGCUGGUGACGUCAUUGAAGUAAUGGAUGCUACCAACAAGGAGUGGUGGUGGGGAAGGAUUCUGGACAGCGAAGGCUGGUUUCCAGCCAGCUUUGUACGGCUCCGAGUGAACCAGGAUGAACCCAUGGAAGAUUACCCUGUAAAGGUGGAGGGUGGCAAAGACGACGACUCCAGCAGUGGUACCCGGCGCUUUGGGAUGGGGCAGACCACCAAAGACCAGAUGAGGACCAAUGUUAUCAAUGAGAUCAUAAGCACAGAAAGAGACUACAUCAAACAUCUGAAGGACAUUUGUGAGGGUUACAUUAAGCAGUGCCGCAAAAGAGCCGACAUGUUUACAGAAGAACAGCUGAAGACAAUCUUUGGGAAUAUUGAAGACAUCUACAGAUGCCAGAAGAAAUUUGUUAAAGCACUGGAGAAGAAAUUCAACAAAGACCACCCACAUUUAAGUGAGGUUGGCUCCUGUUUCUUGGAAUAUCAAACGGAGUUUCAGAUAUACUCUGAGUACUGCAACAACCACCCCAACGCCUGCAUGGAGCUGUCCCGCCUCACCAAAGUUAACAAGUAUGUCUACUUCUUCGAAGCCUGCCGCUUGCUGCAAAAGAUGAUUGACAUCUCUCUGGAUGGGUUUCUGCUGACACCAGUGCAGAAAAUCUGCAAGUACCCGCUGCAGCUGGCUGAACUGCUCAAAUACACCAACCCUCAGCACAGGGAUUUUAAAGAUGUUGAAGCUGCCUUAAAUGCCAUGAAGAACGUUGCUCGGCUCAUCAACGAGAGAAAGCGGAGACUGGAGAACAUCGACAAAAUUGCUCAGUGGCAAAGCUCCAUAGAAGACUGGGAGGGUGAAGAUGUUCUCGUUAGAAGCUCAGAACUCAUCUAUUCUGGAGAACUAACCAAAGUCUCCCACCCUCAAGCCAAGAGCCAACAGAGGAUGUUCUUCCUCUUUGAUCACCAGCUUGUCUGCUGCAAGAAGGACCUUCUGCGCCGGGACAUCUUGUAUUAUAAAAGUCGAAUCAACAUGGAUGAUAUGGAAAUCCUGGAUAUAGAAGAUGGAAAGGACAAGGACUUCAGUAUCAGUGUGAAAAAUGCAUUUAAAUUACACUGCCGUGACACUGAGGAGGUCCACUUAUUCUGUGCAAAAAAGCCCGAGCAGAAACAGCGCUGGCUGAAGGCCUUUGAGAAUGAAAGGAGACAGGUUCAGCUCGACCAGGAGACAGGUUUUUCAAUCACAGAGAUGCAGAAGAAGCAAGCAAUGCUAAAUGCCAGUAAGCAGCACUACACUGGGAAGCCAAAGGCUGUCACCAGGCCCUACUAUGACUUCCUGAUGCGACAGAAGCAUCCCACCCUGCCCACCACGCUCCCACAGCAGCAGGUCUUCAUGCUGGCAGAGCCCAAGCGCAAACCCUCGAACUUCUGGCAGAACAUCAGCAGGCUGACACCCUUCCGGAAAUAAGGACAGCCCCGCGUUUGUGCCUGAACCCCUUCUGAGAAAGCACUUUAUCCACCAGUCCUAGGAGGUGGAGCCCAGGUUCUUCCAAUCCUUUGUUUACAGAGGAUGGCACGUGUGCUCCUGCCUUCUCUAUUUAUCUUGCAGACCAACUGACCCCCUGGCUCUGAGGUGAGACGCUGCAUGCGUGCUUGCACACGUGUGCAUCUGUGCUGGGUCCCAGUGAGCCAGCCUUGCACAGCACUCAAGAGACAAACUUCCAGGAAGAGAUGAGAAUGGAGCCUGAUCUGUUUCAUCUGAAAAGGUUUUGCCUGUCAGCUGUACUUUGAAUCAUUCCAUUCUGCUGUGAACACCGCUGCUGUCUGGCAGCUGCUCAGCCUACCAGCUCUGUCCCACACUGACAUGCUCAGAACAACAGCUCAGUGUUGCUGACAUCGUACGUUUUGCAGGGAGGAGCAAACCCUUGCGUUCCCUGCCCACCCCGUUCCCCACCUUUCACCUCAAGGACACGACCCUCCUACACCCUUCUAACUAACUCAGUUAGCCCCUGCUGGCACUCAGACGAGACAACAGUGAGUAUUGCACUGUGACCCUUUUCUUCCCUUUAAUUCAACAACACUGAUGAACAACAUAGUUUGUUAAACGGUGCCAACCAACCUGCAGCAUGAGUAACAUUCAGGAAUCGCUCUAGUUGGGUUCGUUACAUAAGUUAGAGAAAAAUGUGCCUAAAUUAAUACUGUACUCAAUUCCUUAGAUUCUCUUCUAUCGUUCUGCCAUAUUUCCUGGCCAAUGAAAAUGCUCAUUGUUCGUAAUGUGUUUAUUUAUGGUAUAAACCAGAACUGUGUAUUUUGUAAGUCUGUAAUUGUUCUUGUCAGUUGUUAACUCAAUGCCUGUUUUGUCUGUUUUAUUUUUAUUUUUUAAAUAACAAAAGAUCAAUAUUUGCAAACUGCUCCCAGAAGUCAGAGUCUGCAGUUCAAUGGUGAAAGAAAGACUGAAACCACAAUCGUUAUGCAAACUUCUACAGACUCAAAUUAUUAGAGGGUUUUGAUACCUUUACAAACAGACAUCCUAAAGCUGCUUGCAGCUGGCCAAGUUUUGGCACUAAAAGCCUCACUUUAGGUACCCAAGUUUCAAAUGGUGGCCAAGAGAAACUCAUCUGUACCUUGGUUAGCAAAAGGAAAGAUUUGCCUUACCUUAGUGAGAGUUAGAAGCCAUACUGACCUAAUUCCCUAGCUUAGAGACACCUUGUGACAGCAGAAAGUAGGCACUCCUUUGUUCCAACGUGAUGCUAUUGUAAAUGAGCACUAACUGCCUGCUGAGCUCCCAGGUCUGGUGUUUGAUGCUGUAGCUGACUGAAGUUUGGUCAUCCAGGGACAUCUGAACUUAGUAGCAUGUACAAAGUCAUUCUUGCACUAUAUCUUCUCCCCAGACCAGGGGCUACAUUUAAUUUCAUAAAGAAACCUCUAAAAGUGA